CUCCCUAUUGCCAAGCAGACCAGUGUACCUCCACUCCCGGGUGGCAUUCGUCGCACCCAUGCCACAUCGGGUGCCGCCAGUUUGAAUGCAACCGGCCAGCUUCUCUCGGGCCAUAUGCACCACCCUGGAGGAGCUGCCGGUGGCUUCUUUCUGCCCGGACAACCAGCUGGUCUACCGACGGGAGGCAUUUCUGCCGACGACCGGUAUGCUGCUUCAGGUUUUGGAGUGGUCGCAUCCAGAGUUGGUGCUCCGGGACAAGUUAAUCGGACGACAGGAACCCCAGCGCUGGCGUCACCUAGCAGGAUUGGCGGAACAGUUGCUGGACGACAGAUAAAAGCUCAGUACGCUGAUAAACACUACUCCCAAAUCAGCUAUUUACUUAAUUGCAGUCCUGUGGCCCUAGUAUCUGAAUCUCUUUCAUCCGAACUUUUACUUAGUUAA